UCCAGGUGCCCGCCAACUGCUUUGGCUGCCUAGAUGCGGCACGUCCCCACCACGCCUUCUCCUGGUCUUUGCGCCAGACCUCGAUGACCCGCAGAACGAUUCAUUUCGACCUCGACAUCCAUUUUCCUUUCUCGGUCCUUCCACUGAAGCGUCUGUCGAGCCUCGCUUGGAUGCGCCGUCAUGGCAACGAAUCUUCCUCCGCCGGCUGGCUCCCCGCCCCAGAAUGUGGAAAAGAUCACUCAAAUCGCCCAAGAUUAUGAUUACAACCCCUCAGUGCCCCUCCGAUAUUGGCUGCGGACCGCAGCAACGCUAGUCCGAGAGGCUCACAUUUACGAACGAGAAGGACAUGACGAACAAACCUAUCUACUCCUGUUCCGACACGCCCAGCUAGUACUAGUCAACCUGAGCAGCCAUCCCGAUGCCAAAGACGAAGCAAAUCGCAAGGCGUUGAUGGAGGCCGAGAAUGAAGUGCGGCGGAAUCUCAAGAAGCUGGAGACAUUGAAACCUCGCAUCAACAAACGCUAUGAACGCUACACACAAUUGAUGCGGGACCGUCAAUCCCGUAUUCCGCCUCGUGGAACUCCCCAUGCUCCUUCCAGCGACCGGCAGCCUCAUGAUCCCGCCCUGGCGGGCGUCGCCGAGCCCUUAGAAGCCGGUGAGAAUCGAGACUUGGCGGUCAAGCUGGCAAGGACCGAAAUCAGUCGACGGGCCACGGUGCGGAAAGCCUUCCGGCAGGCAGGAAUUUCCCCGGAAGAAGAGCAGCAGCGCCGGGCGGCUGGUGUUUGGGGGGAUUGGGAGAGUGCCGUGCAUCAGAAUGGCGCCGAAGCCGACAAUGACCUGAGUCGGCGGAUCCAGAACAUCCGGGUCAAUAUGAACGACGGGCAACGGCCGGACCAUCGUGUACCAAACGCGAAGCAAUCCACCGCUCUGCCGCUGUCAACGACAUCCUCCACGUCAGCCUACAAGUAUCCGACAGUGCCUCGUCAGAAACCACUGGACUUUUCGCCGCCUCCACCCGCCAAGGUCCUGCGCGAAGGGAUUUCUCGCCCCGAGGCGCCGGCGCUGCCUCCCAAGGAGAGUCUCGAGACCGUGUUGAAUAGAUCGUCGCCGCCUCCUUUGCCUGAUAAGGUGUCUCCAGGGACUACGCCAACGCCUCCUGUUCCGGCGAAGACGCCGCCGGUGGCGGGCAAUGAUGCCCGCCCCGAGCUCAAUCCCUCCAGCUUUACCUUCAAGCCAUCCGCCUAUCUCGAAAAUGGCACUCCUCUCCGUACGGUAUUUCUACCGCCAGAGCUGCGAUCCCAUUUCUUGGCUCUGGCCUCCUCCAAUACCCGACGCAACCUGGAAACUUGCGGUAUUCUCUGUGGGACCCUGAUCUCCAACGCUUUGUUUAUUUCCAGACUUCUCAUCCCAGAGCAAACAUGCACGUCGGAUACCUGCGAGACCGUGAAUGAAUCGGCAAUAUUUGACUACUGCGACUCGGAAGAUUUGAUGGUGCUUGGCUGGAUCCACACGCAUCCGACGCAGACCUGUUUCAUGAGCUCGCGAGAUUUGCACACUCACUGCGGAUAUCAGGUAAUGCUGCCAGAGAGCAUUGCGAUUGUUUGCGCCCCCAGCCAAACACCGGACUGGGGCGUCUUUCGAUUGACGGAUCCCCCGGGCCUGAAGUCCAUCUUGAGCUGUACGCAAAGUGGGCUAUUCCAUCCUCAUCCCGAGACUCAUAUCUACACGGAUGCCCUUCGACCGGGACAUGUUUUCGAGGCCAAAGGGCUGGAGUUUGAGACGGUCGAUCUACGGCCUGAGGGAUCGUAGUUGCCAUCAUGACCUCUAUCUUCUGUUCAUCUAAACCAGCAUCUCUUACGAGUUACGAAAGCCAUUGAG